AUGUUCAUGAGAUUCUUUUGCAUUGGUAGUCACCGACUCGGAAUUUCGGUAAUAAAUUGUAAUUCUUUGAAAGCGUUUGUUCGUUCGUGUACGUCACCAUGAUGAAAAUGUUUUCUUUACUGAAUUGACAGUUCUGUAAUUGGUUUAAAGAUGCGUUCGCAGUGAAAAUUCAAAGUUGUCAAGGCCCGAAUAGAAAGCCCAAUGUUUUUCAAAUGUUUAGACGUUCAAGACGAGAUAUAGGCAGUUGAUGGACUUGGCAGACAACAGUGUAUCGGAUCCCUCAGUUCAACAUUCGUUGGACACGCUAGAAAGAGAAUUUUCAUUGCGUCUCAUUCUGCAAGGACGAAAACUGAACAGCUGGCUAAUCAAGUCAGGAUCACCUCUUGA